UUUGCCUAUAUAAAGUAACAUGUAUUAUUUACAGAGUAUAUAUAAAAUUGUUUAAGAAGUGCGUUUUUUUUUUCUUUUGUUAAAAGGCUGCAGCUUAAAGUUGAGCAAGAAAUAAUGGUACUACUUUAAUAUGAAAUGAAAGUAAACUAGCCUCAAUAGUCUAAGUUAAUGCAUACAAGCAUCUUUGUAUCCAGUUGAGAAUACUAGGUCACAACAGAAAAAAAAAAGCUUAACAUUUCAAGUCCAAAAAGGUAAUUUUCAAGUUGACACCGUUUUUAAUAUUCAUAGGCGUUCAUGAAUUUUAACACAAAUAUCUCCAAUGACUAAUCGUGGCUGGCUAUUUACUUUGUUUGAUAUGUUUGAUUUUCCUUAUUUUUCCUUUACAUGUUUCGUUUCUUGAACUAUAGAUAUUGAUAAUGCAGGUUCUUCGAUGAAGCCCAGCUUCAUCAUAUAGUUUACGCACUUCAUAACAUUGGAGAUGGGUAUAGUUUUUGGACUGGUAACCACACGAACUUUUAAUUUACAUAAAAAUAGCAAAAAUAUAGUAUUUAGUCAUUGUUUAUAUGUACAGUACUCAAACCUCGACGGAAGUCGUCUGCGAACAGCGGUAGUUGUCGUUAGUGACGUGCACAUGCGCAUUGUUGAUACAAUCGUAAAUCAUAAAUUGUUAGGUUUUUCCGAAUUGUAGUAAAUUGUUUCAUACACAUGCAUAUUUGUAUUAUUCUAAUUUAUUCUGUAUAAUUUGACACAACCAUAUACUGCGACAAAUCUUUGCUUCUCCAGAAUGAAUGUCGAGCACACACAGGUACAAAUACACAACAUACUACUAUUUACUCCAUGUCAGAAGAACACGACAAGACAAUAAUAAAGGAAGCCCUAGAAACAGAACUUAACGAGCAUCAAAUCUGGUGGUCAAGAAAUCAUUCGUGUAAAAUGAAUGCAAGGCAAAAUCACACAACUGCUGAGGCAAGCAGCAAGCCAUGGUUUGAAGGCAGGCGAAUAGUUGAUUUAAAGGAACUUGCAAGGCAAAUGAACUGCAAGCGAUGCAGUCGUCUUCUUGGUUUGAAUCAAAUAGAAGAGGAGACAAAAUUCGGCCUUGCCAGCGUUAUGUGCGUAGUUUGUGAAUGUGGCGCAAGAAACGCAGUAUUUACAGACAAACUUAUGGAAAUGAAUGGCGAAAAAUAUUCCUUUGCAAUCAAUAUGCUGUUUCCUUCCAAUAUGGGACAGUACAGAUUGGUUGUUAACCAUCUUGCCAGCUUUUUAGCACUGCUUAACAUUCCUGUUACCUUAGACAACACUGUGGAAGACUUGUGUUUGAAUCUGCUAUCAUUUACCAGAAUAUCGCCAAAAUCUGUUUCCUAUUCUGAUUCAGUUAUGGACAAAACUCAUAAAAUUGAGAAAAUAACCAAAUCAGUAAAGUUGAGAAAACAACUGUCAAAGAGAAUAAAGGCCAAAUUACAGUUCUCAAAGGCAGGGAGUAAACAAAUUGAAAAUGAGAGCAGCUCACCAGCAUUAAAAUAUUCCCAAGAGAAAAUCAAAACUGGAACCGGUGGUGAGUUCAACUUAGUGCCUGAUGCUGAUGCACCUAUGUCUGAAAUGAUAUUGAUGGGAGAUGUUAAACAGGUGAGAGAUCAAGAUGAAGUGAAUGACAAAGCUGAAGAGAACAGCAGUCUGAAAGAGUGUGUGAGUUUCUUAGAGGAUGCUGAGAUGUUUCCACCAUCAAGCUACAAGUGCCCUCUGUGUGCUAAGCUUCUACCCAGUUCUCGUGGUUUCCUCAUUCACUUGUCAAGGCUACACCAUCGUUCAAAUUUUAUAGCAGAAGAACAUAAAGUUUCAUUACAAAGUUCUGGAGCAUCCUUCAUUAGUGCAACGGAAACAUGGUCUAAUGAAGAAGCUACUGAUGACACCUGUUUAUCCAUGAAUGCAGCUGGGGACAUCUUCGUAAUGCUGAAAAAAAUAUGUGUGAAGAUGCAGCUUAUCAGAUACACAACACAAGAGUCUGCAUCAUUGUCAUCAACAGCGGUUUGCAUCACUUCUGAUCCAGGAUGUACAGAUAAAGAAAUAAAAGCAACAGAACUUUCAGAAGGUGGCAAUGCUCUAAAUGUCACAAAGAUUUCAAGCUGUUCGAUUCCUAUAGCAUUCAUGUCAAGAAGUGCAUUUUUGUGGAUGGGAUGUACAGAUGCAGUAACAGAGAGCUUCAAGAUCAUGAAAGAAUCCAUACUGGAGAAAAAGCCUUUUUCCUGCUCUCAUUGUUCACGAGUGUUUGCAAGGAAGUCAACUCUGAGAAUUCAUAAGCGACAGCACACAGGGGAAAAGCCAUACCAGUGUGAAAAGUGUGGUGCAGCCUUUGUUCAGAUUGUCAGUCUCAGAACUCACAGAAGUCGCAAGCAUCCGGAAAUUAACCCUUGUGAUAACCCUAGUGAAGGCAUUGGUGAUGCCGACUAA